AUGGCCAAUGUCACCUUAGUGACAGGAUUUCUUCUUGUGGAGUUUUCUGACAUCCAAGAGCUUCAGAUAUUAUAUGGUGUGCUCUUCCUACUGAUUUAUCUGGCUGUCCUGAUGAGUAACCUUCUCAUCAUCACUCUCAUUACCCUAGACCAGCAUCUACAGACACCAAUGUACUUUUUCCUGAAGAAUUUGUCAUUCCUGGAUGUCUUCCUUGUGUCUGUCCCAAUCCCCAAAUUGAUUGUCAACAGCCUAACAUACAGCAAUUCCAUCUCCAUUUUAGGGUGUGCCUUCCAGCUACUUUUCAUGACUUCCUUCUCAGCAAGUGAGAUAUUUGUCCUUACUGCCAUGUCCUAUGACCGCUAUGUAGCCAUAUGCUGUCCUCUGCAGUACAAAGUCAUCAUGAACGCUGGUGCCUGUACAGUGAUGGCAGGUGUUUCCUGGGCCAUUGGAGGACUCUUUGGAACUGUGUAUACUGCUGGCACAUUUGUCAUGCCAUUCUGUGGCUCCAAUGUGAUCCCACAGUUUUUCUGUGAUGUUUCCUCAUUGCUAAGUAUCUCCUGUUAUGAAACACUCCUAGUGGUGUAUACAAGUAUUGGGAUAGGUAUGUGUUUAGGCAUAUCUUGUUUCAUCUGUAUUGUGAUCUCCUAUGCUUAUAUUUUCUCCACUGUGCUGAAGAUUCCUACCACAAAAGGUCAGUCAAAAGCUUUCUCCACAUGCUUUCCCCAUCUUGUUGUUUUUACUCUUUUUAUUAUAACUGCCUGUUUUGUUUAUCUGAAAGCAACCUCAAAUACACCCCUAGUUAUUGACAGGUUGCUUUCUGUGGUUUACACCGUGAUACCUCCAAUACUCAACCCUGUAAUCUACAGCCUGAGGAACAAAGACAUGAAAUGGGCUCUUAUGAGAUUGCUACAGAAAACACUUGGUCUCACAUCUUUUAAUACUAACUAA